UCGUUCCGUCAGAUAGUUCCGUAGAGUGACGUUUACUUGUUAUGACGUUUGUUAAGUUCAUCUUCCGUGAUCCGUGACCAACUUUCUCCAACUUCCUAGUCAUAUUUUAUUCGUUUUUAUUUCGAAAUGGCGCGUUAUUUCAAAGAACAAGAUAUCGAUGAAUUCCGUGAAUGCUUCUACCUAUUUGCGAGGUCCGGGCAGAUUACAUCAUUGGAUGAGCUGACUGUUGUGAUGCGAUCCCUGGGAAUGAGCCCUACCAUCCAGGAGCUGGCAGGAUACCUGAAGGGCAAAGGAGGAAAGAUGUCAUUUGCAGACUUCCUAGAGGUGAUGCACAUACACUCGCGCGCCGAAAACCUGCCUACUGAGGUUGUUAACGCUUUCAAGGCAGGCGACACAGAGAAACGCGGCGCGAUCCCGGCGCGGCAGCUGCGGAACCUGCUGCAGAACUGGGGCGAGGGGCUCUCUGCGAGGGAGGUGGACAACAUCUUCCGCGAAGCCAACGUGUCGAACAGCGGCACGGUGCGGUACGAGGACUUCGUCAAGAUCGCCUGCGCGCCCGUGCCCGACUACUACUGACCACUUCCGAUACACUUUAUUGACUAAUAGUAAACCUUGUUGCGACGAGAUAAGGUCGACAAUGGUCAAUAGGUAAAAAUCUUGGUCACGGCACCUAAUUGUAAUAAUCAACCCUAUUAUGUAUAUGUAUAUAUAAUAGUUUUUGCUCUUUUCUAAAAGAUUUUUCUUACUAAUAGGUAUACGUUUGAUAUAUAUUUAUGAAAGACAUACGUUUACUUGACAAAGUAAAUCUAUUUUUAAAUCGAUAGUGUCCUAAGAAGUCGGUCGACAGGGAAAAUUCUAAAAUAUUUGACUAAUCUUUAAAUUAUAUCUUAAGAAACCUAACUUUUU